GGCCCAGGAGCCUCGAGGCGUGUGUGUGUGCGUGUGUGUGUGCGUGCACGUGUGUGUGCGUGCCGCCCGCUCCCGCAGUCAGUCUCCCGGCUCGCCUGCGCCUGCGCGGAGGUCUCUUCUCUGUCGCGCGCUCCGCGUCACGUGACCGCUCACACGUCCAUUCAACAAGUGCUCGCCCGUAAACAAGCCGUGCGGCGAUGACGUCAGCGUGCUCCGCCUCCCGCCGCGACGAGUCCGCGUAACGCCCGACGACAAUAAAGCGAAGCCUGGGUCGUGCUGGGUCGUCGGCCCGCCGCCAGCAUGACGGGCAGCAACAUGGCGGACACAGCUGAGCAGCGGCUGGACGCGGCAACGCUGCGAGGCGGCGGUGUGGCAACGUCGCUCGCCGAGAUGGCCAACUCGACCGCGGUGCCCGCCACCGAGCUGUCCAGGUUCCCUCGGCCGCUGCUGGACUUCGCGGCCACCGUCACCAUCCUCAUCAUGGUGGUGGGCGUGCUGGGCAACCUGCUGACCGUGGUGGCGCUGCUGCGCUGUCCGCGCGUGCGCAACGUGGCCGCCGCCUUCAUCAUCAGCCUGUGCGUGGCCGACUUCAUCUUCUGCAUCAUGGUGGUGCCGUUCGGCGCCUCGCAGUUUGUGCACGGCACGUGGGUGCACGGUGCAGUGCUGUGCACGCUCGUGCCCUUCAUGCGCUACGGCAACGUGGGCGUGUCUCUGCUUUCCGUCGCCAUGAUCACCGUCAACAGGUACAUCAUGAUCACGCACAACAGUCUCUACAACAAGGUGUACAAGAAAGUGUGGAUCGGGGCCAUGAUCGCCUUCUGCUGGCUGCUGAGCUACGGCAUGCAGACACCGACGUUGUUCAGAGUCUGGGGUGCCUUCGACUACGACCCGAACCUAGGCUCCUGCUCCAUCGUUCCGGACGAGCACGGUCACUCGGCCAAGACGGCUCUCUUCAUCAUCGGCUUCGUGAUCCCGUGCAUUCUGAUCGUCUGCUGCUACACCCGGAUAUUCUGGGUUGUCCACAAGUCCGAGAAGCGCAUGCGCGAGCACGCUACGAGCGUGCGCGUCUCGGUGAGCGAGGCGAACAGCAACCAGGCCAAGCCGAAGCCCAAGUCCAAGUCGCGGGAGCAGCGCGACCUCAAGGCCAAGCGGAACGAGUGGCGCAUCACCAAGAUGGUGCUCGCCAUCUUCCUGUCCUUCGUGGUGUGCUACCUGCCCAUCACGCUGGUGAAGGUGGCAGACAGCAACGUGCGCUACCCGGGCUUCCACGUCCUGGGCUACCUGCUGCUGUACCUGUCGUCCUGCAUCAACCCCAUCAUCUACGUGAUCAUGAACAAGCAGUACCGACAGGCGUACAAGAGCGUGGUGCUGUGGCGCCCGCCACGCCUGCACUCGCUCACGCCCGCGGGCACCAGCAGCUGCGGAGGAUCCAAGGACCCUCGGCUGGUGCUCAGAGACGAAGAGACGGCGCUCAAGCUCAACAGGAUCAUGGCAACCGUGUCCCAGGACCUGUGUGGGGGCUCGCUCAAGGACGUGAGCCGGGCGUGAAGCACGUCUGUCGUCACGGGACGAGAGCUGCGCAACGGAUACCAAAAUUCCAAACCACCGCAUAAUUAGUUAAAAAAAGCGUACCAAAGAUGUCUCGGGAGAGGGAAUGGGGCGACAGUGUCUUCUCUGCAAGUAUAAUGCUGGGGUCUGCUGAGCAGCGUGCAGUUCUGUAUUUAGAGCGGGAAUCCAGUAUUCAUGACCGGCGACGGGGCAGAUGGGAUGUGCCGCCUGUGAUUUUGUGUCGCGCGUCUCGUGUGCGCUGGAGUGUGCCGCAGAGAGUAAAAUCAAUGCCUCGAACACGUAGGUGUGAGCGUAUAUGAAGAACUGUGACGUGCAUCGUAGAAGUCUGCAUAUCUCAACUGGUGUUGUACACUGUACUAAGUAACCAAAGUACUAAUAUGUUCUCUAAAUAAAGAGACCCAUAGUUGUGAUGUUACACAUUGUACAUAUCAAUUUUAAAAGAACAGUAAGUUGUUCAAAACUGUUGAUUCUAAUAGAACAGCACAGAUAACCUUAGGUAACCAAAUGCAUUUAAAUUAUAAAAUAUGUAUUUUAAAAAAGUAGUAAUUGUUUUUUACCAAACAGUUAAUAAAUUUCUGUAAUUUUGCAAAAAUUUGUGUAAUUAUUAUAUUGAUAGUGCAAACUUUUAUCUUGUAAAAAUUAGUGACAUGUUCAUUUAUGACUGUUGAGUAGGAACUAUACUUUGUAAUUUGUAUUUUUUAAGUUAAAAAACUGGUGAGCAAUUAAAAAUUUUUAAAAGAUUCUUUUAAUAGACAGCUUUGUUAAAAUAUGGUUGAUUUUUAAAGAAACUACAUAUAAUUAAUUUAUAGAUUUUUCUUAAUUAAUUUGUUAUAAUCUACGUACUUUGUAAUUUGUAUAUCAGUAAAUUUUCUAGAACAUGUUAGUAGUCGGUAGAAGCGUGCAGUUUAAUGUCAUGUAAGUAAAAUUAAUAUACAUUUUUUAAGUUUAUACAGACUGGCAAAUGCAGCAUUUAUAUGCAUUUUCCAUACUUUUAUGUACUUUUGUACUUUUAUUUUUUUAUAACAAAGAAAAAUCACAACUUUUUUAUAAAAAAAUACUGUGAUAUUUUUGUAAGAAAUGUGUUUCACAAGUACUUUUAUAAUAAAACAUAUUUUAAAUUUUGAA